UACAGCUCUUGAAAUGUUUGCUUUUAUACAGACACACUUAACAAACCAAGUAGCCGCUAAAUGACUGAAUGUGUACCCGUGUGGUGGCACGAGUUUGUGCGUGUGUGUGUGUGUUUAAUUAUUAAAAUGCGUGCCACUUUUUAAAAAAAGUCCUACAUGUUUGUGUGUUUGGGUCAGCUAGCCUAGCAUCGAAGAGUUAGCCGCCAACCGCCGCCGUGCUAGUUAGCGUUAGCAACGGUAGCGAUUCAAGAAGUUGAUGCGAGCUACACGACUUCGGAGCGAGCUGGCUAAGUGGGUGUAAACUAAGUUACCUGACUGCCACAACGGACAUUGUUCUCUAGGUGAAACUAAGUGGACGUCGUUGUUAAAGGGGCUUCACAGCACUUGGAUCUGUUCUUCUCUGUCCCAGGUUCAGACUGCUUGGUCUAUGGCUCUGAUGGACAAACACAAACAGGUCAAGCGGCAGAGACUUGACCGCAUUUGUGAGGGUAUCCGACCCCCCAUCCUCAACGGGCCAAUGCACCCGCGGCCCCUGGUGGCCCUGCUGGACGGGCGCGACUGCACUGUGGAAAUGCCCAUCCUCAAAGAUGUGGCCACAGUGGCCUUCUGCGACGCCCAGUCCACACAAGAGAUUCAUGAGAAGGUUCUAAACGAGGCGGUGGCCGCUCUCCUCUACCACACCAUCACUCUGUCCAGAGAUGACUUGGAAAAGUUUAAAGGCCUCCGCGUAAUCGUCAGGAUUGGCUCGGGUUUCGACAACGUCGACACCAAAGCAGCCGCUGAGCUAGGGAUUGCCGUCUGCAACGUGCCAGCAGCCUCGGUGGAAGAGACAGCUGACACUUCGCUAUGUCUCAUUCUCAACCUGUACAGGCGAGUCACCUGGAUGCACCAGGCCCUCAGGGAGGGAACCCGCGCCUCUAGUGUGGAGCAGAUCAGGGAGGUAGCUGGUGGUGCUGCUCGCAUCCGGGGCGAGACGCUGGGAAUUAUUGGUCUAGGACGUGUUGGUCAAGCUGUGGCUCUGCGGGCUAAGGCCUUUGGUUUCGGCGUGAUCUUCUAUGACCCCUACCUGCCCGACGGCGUGGAGCGCUCACUGGGCCUGCAACGCAUGGCCACCCUGCAGGACCUGCUCAUACACUCUGACUGCGUAUCCCUGCAUUGCAGCCUCAACGAGCACAACCACCACCUCAUUAAUGACUUCACCAUCAAACAGAUGCGUCAGGGAGCCUUCCUGGUGAACACAUCAAGAGGCGGCUUGGUUGACGAGAAAGCAUUGGCUCAGGCUCUGAAAGAGGGACGGAUACGAGGGGCUGCCCUGGACGUCCAUGAGACGGAACCUUUCAGUUUUUCAACAGGCCCUCUGAAGGACGCCCCCAACCUGAUCUGUACCCCGCACACAUCCUGGUAUAGUGAGCAGGCCUCAGUGGAGGCUCGCGAGGAGGCAGCCAGGGAGGUUCGCCGUGCCAUCACCGGGCGUAUCCCUGACAGCCUGAAGAACUGUGUUAAUAAGGAGUAUCUGAUGGCAGCCUCUCAGUGGCCCAGCAUGGAGGCAGCCACUGUUCACCCAGAACUUAAUGGAGCCGCUUACAGAUUUCCUCAAAGUCUGAUCAAUGUUGCAGCAGCAGGGGGUCUCCCCGGAGCUGGCGGAGGUGUUGAAAGCCUGGUUUCAGGAACCCUGGCGCACGGCCUCACCCCCGUCUCCCACCCCCCUCACGCCCCCUCUCCUAAGGCCGAACCCGACAGAGACAUCCCCUCCGACCAAUAGCCCCCGCCGCCGCUGCCAGCACAUUCCGUCACCUCUGGAAACCAAUCCCCACCUCCCAGCAUCAGACACAGCCCGACCCUCCAGUACAUCGGCAGCGCCAGUUUGACCUGAUGUGGAUCUACACAGUCUUGUUCCUCAGAUCACGUAACCAGCCCAGGAGUGACUUAUCCACAGCUAGUCCCCCCCAUCCUGUCCUAUCCACACCCCUCCACGAACACACACACAUCCCUCCAUCUUCGUCCUCAUCUCAGCCACUCCCCCCUCCCCCCCGCCAUCCCCUCCCUCAACUCCACUCCCCUACAAGGUCAGCAAUAACUGUUCUCAAGGAUUCAAUGAUUGGAUUGGUUUAUAUCCUUAGUUGGCUGUUGUUUUAAUGGAACGUUGAUCUGUUGUGGUUCUAGGUGUUAAUGUUUGUUUAAAGAAAACGCAUUUCUGACAUGAGGCUUUACAAUAUCCUGCCUCCUGCAGUCCUCCUGACUCUGAGGCACAAGGUUAAAGCCCCCUUUUGUACAUUAAUGGCUCAUGUUACUGCUCUCUUUUCUUUUUUUGUUUUUUUAUCUCUACCCCGACUCUACAGUCUUCUUGUGAUGGAGGAAAAUGUGUACUAAAGUAAAUCAGACAGAAUCACAAACAGUACAUCCUGUCCUCCCCCACCAGGCAUCUAGCUACCCCCCUCAACCCGGUUUGGCCCUUGGUUCUCCCUGGCACUGUUGUCAGCUCGCUCAGCGGAGGGAUCCACAAUGCUGUCAGUGUGGCGCUCUCUCAGACUGUCAAAGUGUAUUUUCUCUGCUCAGCUCAUACUUCACAUAGUGAUAUCCAAGAUCCUUUGUCACCUUUUUACCGCUGUGACCUGUCUAGACAGUCAUCCCCGUAUCUACACAUGCGUUCGCCCCUCGUGGAUUGUUUUGUCAUGAGAUAAUAGCUUAGGGAGUCACAUCAGAGAGCGACCUGACCUAGGAAUGAAUUUCCAUCUCACCGCCAGCAGCCGGAGUGCUAUAUGUGACGUCUUUUACACGUGGUGACCACACAGAAUCAAACACGGGGAAAAAUCUUUAUAGCAUGCCACAGGCAUCGCCAGCAGAGGGCACCAACACACCGCUCCGAGCUGAGAGAGGGACAGUUAACAGGUUAGCUGUAGUGAUGAGGAACAUGACCACACACUGCCGACAUUCAGAACACAGCACGGGUGACCAGGGAUCGACUACCGCCUUAUUGUUUAUCAAGAUCUUACUGCACCCCGCCACAACCCUCCUGCCCCCACCCACCAACCCACCAACCUACCUACCCUCCACUCCUCUCCCACUGUCAUGGCCCACCCAACGCAUCUGCUCAUGAACCAGUAUGUGUGGUGCGAGCGUGUGUGUACAUGCGGGUCUGUGUGUGUGUAUGUUCCUUCACCCUGUUAUGAUAACAAGCUAUUGUCUUUCCAAAGGAAUAGUCCCUAGGAGUAACUCUUUAACGCUGUUGCCCUGGUGUCAAGGGAACACCUUUCUAGUACCUCAGUAACAGAUAUUGAAUGUACCGUGCAUACCCUUUUAUUUUUUGUACAGAUUUUCUAGAUACUUCUUUACUAUUCUUUACCAGAAGGGUUGUGAAAUUGUAGCAGUAAUGAUACAAUAAUAAAUAAAAUAAAAACACACACACAUCUCGCCCCAUUAAAAUAAAUUGACAAAUUCCCUUUUAGGUGCGCUAUAGGUCACUGAAUACUCAGGCUUCAAAACCAAUGCGUAUCUUUGCCUUUACCUUUAAUUUCCUCAAUGUGGAAAAAAUUCAGCACAACACUUUCCCAUCCUUAGACUUCAGACUGUAGUUGAUGUGUUUCAACGUCCAUCUUACUGGCUAAUGAAAAAUAAGGAGAAAAAAAACAAAAGUCGGUCGCCGUGGUCUGCUAGUUUUCUUUUACUAGAACAGUAGUAGUAGAUGCUGUUUUUUUGUUUUUGUUUUUACACCCCUCCAUUGUCAGCCUGCUCUAUCUAUAGUGCAUGUGAGGUAAUGUUUUAGGGGAAAUACUAUUGGCUUAAUGAAUUUGUGACAUCUUGCUGUUUCCCUCUGCUCCCUGGCCUUUUACCCCCCGCCCCCCCAAAUCCCCUCAGAGUGUUUUUCAAACCCGAGUUGCCAUUUUUGUCGUGGUCAGUUUCCAGUGAUGUACAGUUUUCCCCUCAGAGUCUAUGAGAGACAUGGAGCAUGUCUGUGUCCUGAGAUGCUAGGCUCCUCUGUCAUGUGAUGAGUAUAUAUUUUUAAAAAUAACCCCCAUAGUUCGGAUUAUGAGCAUAAUAGUAAUCUUAAAUUUUGCUGUUGAUGAUGAUUAUAUAUAUUUUUUUUCAGUUCAGCAGUGCACUGUUAUGAAAACCAUUCUGUUUUAUUGUAGGAUUUCAUUUUUAUGGAUAUGCUGUCUGUGUUCUACAUGUUGUACUGAAACAUUUCAGAGAAAACAAGAGAUCCCUCUCCUGUGAUAUUUUUCUUUUUUCUCUUUUUUUUUUUUUUUUGUUGUCGUCGUGUCUUAUCCCAACUCUCCUUUCCAGCUGAUAUCCUCUGGGCCUUACUUAUUCUCUCCCUGUAAACGUAGCUGUUAUAGAAAGUCGCCAUGGAACCACUCACUGCCUUAAUACAGUUGACCACAGCAGGUGAAGUCAGGAGACACACCCAGUUGAAAAGAACGGGGCCACAGUCCGAGGCCACUCCGCAAGAAGCUCCUCACACCCCGACAGGCUGAACUCUGCAGCACCUUGCAUCUCUUCUUCAGUGAUCUAGCCCCGUGUAGACAGUUAAAACACGCAGAUUCUUACCGCGCGUUAGACGUUUUUCUAACUUUUAGAAGUUCAAGGCAGCCCGGGCAGCGUGUACGUGCGCGAGCUAACAGAUAAAGCACAGUGUGUAUGCUCACAAAGCCACAGCUGAUAUUUCACUCUUGGGUGUGAGAAUGCCUCCCCUCCCUCCACCCCACUCACCCAAAACACCACUACUACUACUACCACCACCACUCUGGAGGCUCUCUAAUAGCGCCUCUGUGGGGGCUUCGGAGGGGGGAGGGCAUAGCGGACACUGGUGUGGUCUGUCAAAAAAAAACAAAGAAGAAAAAAAAACAAAGGAGAAAUUAAGAAUCGGUCACUUUUUCUCUCUCAGGGUUCAAAUGCACACAUAUCCUCCAGCAGUCGCCCUCUGUCUCGUGUCCCUUGUCCCACGUUUUCUGGCCUUUAGAAUGUAGAACAGCCUCUUUUCGUUUUUAGAAACCGCUCUCCCGUCGUUUCCCCCUUUUGUGCACAGGUCUGAACUUUUUUUUUUUUUUUUCUGUUUUGCUUUGUUUUGGCACUGACAUCUAACCAUCUAACAAGGAAUGAAUGAAUGUUUGAAAGUGACUGUGUGUAAUGUUAAAAUUGGGAAAUGUAUUUUUACAACAUGUGAACUUUUUGUUUUGUUUUUUUGUUUUUUUUUCACUCACUCUCAUUGUGAAUUGAUUUUUUUUUUCUUUCACCAGACUGCAAAAACAAACAAAAACAAAAAAAAAAACAAAAAAAAAUCUCCUGUAACUAGGCUCUUAAGCUUUAUUUUUGUUUUGUUUACUUUUUUAUUAGAAACAAUCAUGUUUGUGAUGGUAACUUCCGAUGGUAAACUCCACACCGUAUUUUAAUAAAAUCUUAAAAAUUAAA